AUGAGGGGUCAACCGUACUGGAAAGAUGACGUGGAGUCGGGUCGCCGUCCAUUGUAUCCGAUGAUGCUGGAAAGCCCAGAACUCCGGUGGUCGUUCAUUCGGAAAAUAUAUACCAUAGUCACUAUCCAAUUGCUUCUCACAAUUGCUGUUGCAUCUGUUGUGGUUUCUGUUCGUCAAGUGUCGGUUUUCUUUACCACAACUGGGGCGGGUUUGGCCCUUUAUAUUGUUCUAAUCAUCACCCCUUUUAUUGUUUUGUGCCCCUUGUAUUACUACUACCAGAAGCAUCCAGUGAAUUAUUUUUUGCUCGGUUUGUUCACUGCUUCUCUUGCUUUCGCCGUGGGCUUGACUUGUGCAUUCACCAGUGGGAAAGUUAUUCUGGAGUCGGUCAUCUUAACGGCCGCGGUGGUUAUUAGUCUCACUUUAUACACAUUUUGGGCUGCAAGGAAAGGUUAUGAUUUCAAUUUCCUAGGGCCAUUCUUGUUCGGUGCUGUUGUUGUACUUAUGUUGUUCGCUCUGAUUCAGAUUCUAUUCCCUCUGGGGAGGAUAUCUGUGAUGAUUUACGGCUGCCUGGCAUCACUAAUAUUCUGUGGUUACAUCAUUUACGACACUGAUAAUCUGAUCAAGCGAUAUACCUAUGACGAUUACAUUUGGGCUGCAGUUGCGCUGUAUCUAGAUAUCAUCAACCUCUUCCUAUCUCUGUUGACCAUCUUCAGAGCUGCUGAUAAUUAG